AUGGGCGGCAGCGUUGCCAUGCAGUGGCACCGCUCUGAGGUCUCUGGCAAUUCGGCUCCGCCUCCCCUGCGUGCACACACCAUGACCCUCGUCAAGGACAAGAUCUUUGUGUUUGGUGGCUGCGAUGCCUCGGUCUGCUUCAAUACCCUCUACAUCUUUGACCCCGACUCACUGUGGUGGGCCAAAGCCAAGACCAGGGGCAAUAUCCCGCCGCCAUGCCGUGCGCACUCGACCAACUACGAGAACAACAAGCUUUGGGUCUUUGGAGGUGGCGACGGCCCAUACUACUACAACCAUCUGUACGUCUUGGACUGCGACACUCUGACUUGGUCUAUUCCCGAAACCACCGGCGUGGCGCCAGGACCCCGCCGAGCUCAUUCUUCGUGGAUUUACGACAAGGCACUGUGGAUCUAUGCCGGUGGCGACGGCGUCCAGGCCCUCGGUGACAUGUUCAAGCUUGACCUGGCCACCUUGGCCUGGACCAAGGUCACCGGCGUCAUGGGAUCUGUGCCGCCUCCGAGGGGCUACCACACCAGCACGAUCGUCAACAACACCGUGAUUAUGUACGGCGGAAGCGACGGCCACGAGUGUUUCAGCGACAUCUACAUUUUCCAUCUCGAGGAGCUGAGAUGGAACCGCAUUCAGUACGAACGGCCGGCAUAUUCCAGACUCUCGCACACCGCCACCCUGGUUGGCUCCUUCCUGUUCAUCAUCGGCGGCCACGACGGCACGUCGUACAGCUCGGAAGUGCUGAUGCUCAAUCUCAUCACGAUGGAGUGGGAACAGCGGUUGGUCGUCGGCCUCGAGAGCCCGGGCGAGCGCGGCUACCACUCGGCCUGCUACAACGACUCGAGAGUCUUUGUCUUUGGCGGCUACAACGGCCAGGAGGUCUUCAACGACAUGUUCAUCCUCGAUCUUUCGUCUGUGGCCUACCUGACACAGACCAGUGACUUUGAAAUCACGAUGCUUGACGACAAGAAGAUUAUCGGGAUCUGA